AUGGGAAAGUCCGGGCGCGACCUCGGGGACCGGCGGCGGGACUCGGUGGAGGCGGAACUGAGGACGCGCGGUGCUGGGAGCCCGCGGACCGUCGCCAGUGAAGCACCCGCCGGCCCGGAAGGGACCGACGGGAGCUCGGGCCGCGGCAGCCAUCGCGCUUUGCAGGUCGGGCUCAGAGGGUGUAGGGCUGACGCCAGCCGGGGAACCGCGUUCUCUUCGGUCGCAGGAUUAUAUAAGAAAACUGGUAAAUUGGUAUUUCUUGGAUUGGAUAAUGCGGGAAAAACAACAUUGCUACACAUGCUAAAAGAUGAUAGACUUGGACAGCAUGUCCCAACGUUACAUCCCACUUCAGAAGAACUCACCAUUGCUGGCAUGACUUUUACAACUUUUGACCUGGGUGGACAUGUUCAAGCUCGAAGAGUGUGGAAAAACUACCUUCCUGCUAUCAAUGGCAUUGUAUUUCUGGUGGACUGUGCAGACCAUGAGAGGCUGUUAGAAUCAAAAGAAGAACUUGAUUCACUAAUGACAGAUGAAACCAUUGCUAAUGUGCCUAUAUUGAUUCUUGGGAAUAAGAUCGACAGACCUGAAGCUAUUAGUGAAGAGAGGUUACGAGAGAUGUUUGGUUUAUAUGGCCACACAACUGGAAAGGGGAACGUGUCUCUCAAAGAACUGAAUGCUCGCCCUUUAGAAGUCUUCAUGUGCAGUGUGCUCAAAAGGCAAGGGUACGGAGAAGGCUUCCGCUGGAUGGCGCAGUACAUUGAUUAACACCAGCCUGCACUGCUUCCGGGCCUCACAGUCAGGCUCCCAGAGAUCUGAUCACUCAACGUGCAUAACUUGAAUUCAAGACUUUUGUUGGUUAUAAAGCAGAUGUUUUGUAGCUUAUUAAUCUAUCAACUUAAUUUGAGUGAGAAUUGAAAACUGAUUCAGCAGUAAGUUUGAAUAUCACAUUAGCUUUCUAAUUCCAUGAAAAUAAUUAAUUUUUACAGUUUAUAAUCUGACAUCACCCCAGCACCAUUUAUAAAGAACGUCUUUCCAGCAGUACAUUUGAAGCACUUUCUAACAACGUGAAACUACAGAUACAUAUUUAAAGGCUCAUCAUGUUAAAUUUUUUAUGUACUUUUUUGGAACUAGUUUUUAAAUUUUAGAUUAUAUGUCCACCUCUCUUAUGUGUACAGUUAAUAAUUAGCUUAUCAGUGAUUGCAUGAUGCCUUACAGUUUUCAAUAAUAGUUUUUCUUAUGCAAACGUCAUGCAAUAAAACAAACUCUAAUGUUUGGCUUC